CGUCGCGCGUGGAGUGGGGAGUGGGCACCGCGGUAUAGGGCUGGUGAUCGGCGCGACUUGUAGGACUUGAUUUUGGGGAACGAAAGCAUUUUACGGCAACCGCUAGGGGACAAAAUCCGUCGCUCGCGAAGCCUUCGCUUUCUUUUCAUUGAUUUUAUUCGUGCAGUUUGCAUCCAGGUGCCGAGUCCUUGCUGAGUGUCAGGCGCGGUCCUAGGUCACGAGGGCAAGGAGGUUAGGUGGUGCAAGCCAAGUGAAUGAAUGAAGUCGCUCUAGAAACACAUAAUCGGUGGGAUGAGCCAGGAGGGCGGAGGCUGUUUUAAGCAGAGUGGUUUUGAAAGGCGUCCCGUGCGUAGCCGGGAAGGAUCAGAAAGAGGCGGGGAAUAACAACGGGGAACGUCUACACCUAGGCAGUGCUGCUCGGGACCACCUUUUCGCCCCUAGCCCACAUCUACGCAGCUGAAGAUGGCCUCCAAGCGCAUCACCCAGGAGACCUUCGACACCGCCGUGCGGGAGAACAUCCAGGAGUUCGAGAUGGGGCCGGAGGAGGCACUGAACGAGGCGAUAGAGCAGUUUGAAUCCCAAGGGGUUGAUCUGAGCAACAUCGUCAAGAUGGCGCCUACGGUCUCUGCACACGGACCCCAGGAGCCCACACACGACAUCCUGCAGGCCCUGGAUGACCUGAAGGAGUCGGUGGCCGCCUCCCGCCUGCAGGAAGUGUCCGCCCACCUCGCCCGCUUCUGCGACCAUUGCAAGCAGGACAAAGCCUGCCGCUUCCUGGCGGCGCAGAAGGGCGCCUACCCCGUCGUCCUCGCCGCCUGCAAGCUAGCCACGGCGGCCGACCGAAGCCUCCUGCUCCCGGCCCUCCACGCCCUGGCGGUGCUCACCGACGGCCAGCCCGACCUGCUGGACGCCCAGGGCUUGCAGCUGCUGGUGACCACGCUGGCCCAGAACGCGCACGAGGCCGACCUGGCGUGCUCGGGCAUCCGCUGCGUGCGCCACGCCUGCCUGAAACACGAGCACAACCGGCAGUGCCUGGUCAAGGCCGGCGUCCUGCCCCUGCUGACCGGCGCCAUCGCCCAGCACAGCCGCCACGCCGACGUGGUCAGGGAGGCCUGCUGGACCCUGCGCGUCAUGACGUUGGAUGACGACAUCCGGGUGCCCUUCGGCCACGCCCACGACCACGCCAAGAUGAUCGUGCAGGAGAAUAAGGGCUUGAAGGUGCUCAUCGAGGCUGCCAAAGCCUUCCAUGACAACCCCGCAGUCCUGAGUGAACUCUGCAGCACCCUGUCCCGCCUGGCUGUCCGGAACGAAUUCUGCCAAGAGGUGGUUGACCUCGGGGGCCUCGAUGUCCUCGUGGCCCUGCUGGCUGACUGCAACGACCACCAGGACCUCGUCAAGCAAGUUCUCAGCGCCCUGCGGGCCAUCGCGGGCAAUGACGACGUGAAGGACGCCAUCGUCCACGCCGGCGGGACGGAACCCAUCGUGGCCGCCAUGACCAGACACCUGGCCAGCCCCCAGGUGUGCGAGCAGAGCUGCGCAGCCCUGUGUGUCCUGGCCCUGCGGAAGCCCGAGAACAGCCGGGUCAUCAUGGAGGGAGGCGGCGCCCUGGCAGCACUGCGGGCCAUGAAGGCCCAUCCACAGGAGGCCGGCGUGCAGAAACAGGCCUGCAUGCUGAUCCGCAACCUGGUGGCCCGCAGCCAGGCUUUCUCGAAGCCCAUCCUGGACCUGGGGGCCGAGGCCCUGAUCCUGCAGGCCCGUGCGGCCCACCGCGACUGCGAGGACGUGGCCAAGGCCGCCCUGCGGGACCUGGGCUGCCGCGUCGAGCUCCGGGAACUGUGGACGGGCCAGAAGGGCGACCUGGCACCGUGACCCCACGCUCGGACUAGGCAUGACUCUGGGUGAGUCGUGGGACUCAGGAGCAGCAGAGACCCGUCAACCACUCUACACCCCACUGUCUAUUCCCCCCACCAUGAGAGGUGUUUUCUUUUUCUUCUUCUUUUUUUUUUUUUUUU